GCGCUCCUUCAAUUUUCAGACGUCGAAGGGGGAAGAUAUACCGGGGAUUAAGACGCUUUUUCGGACGUUUUCCCACCCCUAAACAAACACCGAAAGGGUCCUAAACCAGAAAACCACACAACAUGGUCGUAGUGACAGCAGGGACCGGAGGAGCCCAUAAAGUCCUCCUGAUAUCGGGGAAACAGAGCCGCUCCAUAUCUGUCAUGAUCCCGAACCAAGCCUCUUCAGACUCCGACUCCGCCGUCUCCGGACCACCGAUGCGCAAAAGGCAGAGACUCACGCACCUCAGCCCAGAGGAAAAAGCGCUGAGAAGGAAACUGAAGAACAGAGUUGCUGCACAGACGGCAAGAGACAGAAAAAAGGCAAAAAUGGGGGAGUUGGAGCAGCAAGUCUUGGAGUUGGAGCUCGAGAAUCAGAAACUUCACGUCGAGAACAGACUGUUGCGAGAAAAGACAAGUGAUCUGCUCAGUGAGAACGAGGAACUAAGACAGAGACUGGGGUUGGACACUUUGGAAGAGAAGGAAAAGGUCCAGGUGUUGGAGUCCGCGGUGAGCGAUUUGGGUUUGGUGACCGGGUCUUCUGAGUCCGCAGCACUCAGGCUACGUGUGUCCGCAGCAGGUGCAGGCCCAGCAGUCCCCAAAUCUGAAGACUUCUCCAUGGAUACUCACAGCCCUGGCCCUUCAGACUCUGAGUCUGAUCUCUUGCUUGGUAUUCUGGACAUCCUUGACCCAGAGCUCUUCCUCAAGACGGAGCUCGAGGAAGCAGAGGAGCCCGAGCCAGAGCUUGUGCUGGACGGAGCUGCGGGAGAGCGAGUACCUGCCUCCCCAUCUGCAGCUUUGGGGCCCGCACCAGUUAAGCUGGAGGCCCUUAAUGAACUGAUCCACUUCGACCACAUCUACACCAAACCCGCCGAGGUGGUGAGCGAGGAGAGCAUCUGCGAGGUCAAAGGCGAGGAUUCGGUCGCCUUCUCUGAGGUCGACGAAGAAAUCGUGGUGGAAAUCAAAGACGAGCCGGAGGAGAUGGUCAUCCCUGCGGUGGACCGGAGUCCAGACGCGGUCGAUGACUUCUUCUCCGACGCCUCUUCCUUCGGCGGCUACGAGAAGGCUUCGAGUCUGACGGAUGCGUGCAGUGACUCUGGAUACGAGAGGUCUCCUUCCCCUUUCAGUAACAUCUCGUCCCCGCUCUGCUCCGAGGGCUCUUGGGAUGAUAUGUUUGCGAAUGAACUCUUUCCCCAACUGAUCAGUGUCUGAAGCUUGCGUACGAGAUCACGCCUGCCUUUGCUCUCUUAUUGUAAGUGAUUGCUUCAUAGUGAUAGUACCCCAGUAACUUCUCUUGCAGUUUAGACCAAAGGCAUUGCUUUAAGGCUUCUGUUGUAAUAACUCUCUGUACAGUUGAAGCGCAACCCAGUAUUUUUGUUGGGGAAGGGAUUGGGGAGGGGAGGGAAACGUUUUAAACUACGUCUAUUUAUUUGUGUAUCUCUCUUUUCCAGAGUUUUCUGUAACGUAAUCCGUCUGCUUUGAUGUACAACUUAAUUUUAUUGUAAAUGCUCUCCUUUAAUGUUGCAUUAAAAAAUUUUUGCAUUGCA